UUUGUAAGAAUCAUAAGAAGAAGAAGGAGGAGGAGGAAGAGGGUAGUGUUGGGUUUGGAAGAAUCAUUGAUCAUUAAUCUUAAUUGCAUUUCAUUAGAAUGCCAUCGUGGUCGGGGUGGGGGUCGUGGUCGUCAUCAGCUUCCUCUUCUCCAGCGCCGGUUCAGUCAAAUCUCGAAAGUUUUCUUCAUUCUGUGACUCCCCUUGUCCCUACCAAACCACUUUCGCUGAAAUCAUCAGAGGAAGCAAGUGGGAAUGAUGAGAGUAGUGUGGAAUACUUUGUUCUUGAAGAUGUUUGGCGAUGUUACGAUGAGUGGAGCGCAUAUGGUGCAGGAACUCCUGUGCUACUUAACAAUAACAGGAGUACUACUAGUAGUGAUGGAGGUAAGAGUACUACCCGGGUUGUCCAAUACUACGCUCCAUUUCUAUCUGCUAUCCAGCUCUACACGAACGUCAGCUGUCAUGAGACCACACCAAUAGAUUCUUCAAGUAAUAAUAUGGAUGACGUUGACGUCCACCUCCACGAACCAGCUGCAGCGGCAAGGGAACGGAAUCCUGUCGCCUACCCUUACUUCCAGUACUGCGAGACUAUUUCUCCUUACUGGAGACUUCCUCUGGUGGAUAAGAUUGCUGAAUUGGCUGCUGACGGCUUUCCGGGACUUAUUUCACUGAAAAGCAUUGAUUUAUCUCCAGCAAGUUGGAUGUCUGUUGCAUGGUGUCCUAUAUAUCACAUUCCUUUUAAAGGGAAGGUGGAAGACUUGUCAACAUAUUUCCUUACAUUUCACACAUUAUCCUCCAGUUUUCACGAUUAUACUCAAGGAAAUUACAAUCAUGUUUCUUUUCCAUUUGUGGUGGAAGAAGCAGUACAUGCCAAAUCUGAAAAUAAAAUUUCACUCCCUCCUUUUGGACUAUCUACUUUGAGGAUGCAAGGAGAUAUUUGGAUCAAUCACGUUGCAGGUGAUUAUGAAAAGCUCAUCAAUCUUUAUUGUGCAGCUGACUCUUGGUUGAAGCAACUGAAAUUUCACCAUCGCGAUUUUGAUUAUUACCAGAAAAUCAAUCAUGAGGUGGCUAGUAUAUAUAAUUAA